AUGUGGUUUUGAAUGACUGAGAUAAGUGAUUCAGAUUGACGUUCAUUGAAAAUAGAACGAGUCACAACGCGCGCUUACUCAAACAAAGCGACAUGACACUAUCACCACGGUGAAAUGCAGAUCGCUUGUGAAUGCAUAAUUAGGGAAACAGGUCUUAUCAACGAAAAUACACCAAGCUAAUGUCGAUCGCUCGUUUUCUACAGACAAGGAUGAUUCAUCAGAGAACGUCAAAUAUAAAUAUUACRCRUUGUGGMUUAGGAUUUUAUUUGUCAUAAAGUAUAGUCGAUAAAGGAGUGUGAGCGGUAAACCAGGCCGAUUAUGAGAGAACCACAAGACGASAUACAACGAGAAAACUAAAGUUCUUACAAUGGAGAGCGAGGAAUUAGAAACAGGAGAUGAAGGUCUAGGCAGUGAAUGUUCUUCUGAAAGCGGAUCCUCGUCACACAGAGGAUUAGAAACCGGAGUUUAUCCUUCUACCUUUGCGUGUUCAUUAGACUCACUUCCACUUGUACUCGGCUCUAGCUACGGUACUACUGUUGAGGUUAACAGAAGUGAAGGGAUAAGGACAACUUGGAAUGGAGCGGUAGAUUUGAAUGGGAGUUUUKUUCCACAAACGAAAACUGUCGGAAAAGUGUCAAAAGAGGAGACAAAUUACCAAGCUACAAAUGUUCGGUAUAUUGUUUAUGGAAAGGCUGCUAGCRCAGCUUCGUGCCCGGAAAAACAAAAUUUUAAUUAUUUGAAAAAAGCUUCCCCAAUGAAUGGGAACUGUUCGUCCACUGAACGAUUCAGCAGAGGAAAACCACGAWUUGAGAAURAAUCAAAUUGUAAUUCAAGUCGCGAUUUUACUCAACCGGAACCAUUCAAAUAUAUCACGGUGUGGAGACCAUAUUCGCCAAAAAAUCCGAUUCAAAACACACAAAUUGGAUCUACGAACAAAGAUGAACACUUUUGCAAGGCAAUUACACAUUUUGCGUACACUCCACGUCUCUAUUCARGAAAAUCUMAACAAUUAUAUCCCACGAAGAAGGCUUUGGAAGAAGAACUUGAACGAUGUUCCAACAAGGCCCAAAAGGCAGGAGAAGAUGUUGCAGCUCUGGACAGUCCAGACGCAGCUACCUCAGGGAUACAGGACCAACUGAAGGCACUCAACGAUCGAGUAUCAAAAAUCAAAGUCAAAAUAGAAGCAUAUGAAGAGCACUAUCAGGAUCACCUCAAACAGGCACUCGAGUUCCAACGAGCUGUACGAGGCCUCUUGGAUAAGAUAGCAGCCCGGAAAGCCAAGCUUGAAAAUGAUAAGGUUGAUCCCAAUGAUAAAGUUGCGAUCUUAGCAAAAAUUAGAGAAUUAGAGCAUCUGCACCAUGAAAUGGAAGAAAAUCGACCUCUUCUUACGUCAGCUACCGUCACAGGAGAAUGGUUGAUUAGAAAUGCACARAAGUCUAAUGUGACUCUCCCAGAUGGACGUCCAGAAAAUGCAGUUAUUCCAGCCGAAGUCUCCACGACUCUAAACAAAGUGAAGAAAGAUUUCCAUGACCUGGAAGGAGCCAUUCGAGAGCAGAAGAAAUACUUGACUGGUUUGACGUUAGAAGAGGUGAAACCAAUGUCAGUCGAGUACGAGCGUAUUCAAGAUGUUAUGGAACAAUUCAGCGGCUGGUUAAGGAGUGUCGAAGAUUCCCUUGAACGAGUCAGACCUUACACUUGUGAUCUUCUAAAACUCAAAGAAGAUGAAAUUGCUCACAUGGGCAUCAGAACGGACUUGCGACAUCACCAACCAACUUACGAAAGUAUCGAUAAAGACGCCAACAAUAUUCUCAACUUCGAACCAGAUUCCCCAGUCCGGCAGGAAGUAGAGCAAUUGUACAGCGAUAUCAAGCCAAGAUGGCAAAAAGUAAACGAUCGCGURACAGAACGACACGAACAAAUCAACAAACUUAUUCCCCUCGCCAGAAAAUUUUACGACGCGCUACAAAAUGUCGACGGAGUCGUUAAUAGAGCGGAAACUCAACUACGGUCACUAGAUGGAGUUCCGCUGUCCUCUGAGAAAAGUAAACAAGAAUUGCAAAACAUUAAGGGAGUGCUUCUGGUGCUUGAUCGAAGAAUGCGUGAUGUCAAUCGAAUGAAUACCCUAUCAGACGAACUGGCUGAGAAUUURAUARCAGCCAACGGAGAGCCUGAAGAUCUUCGUCAAAUCCAGAAAGAAGCGAACGAUCGUUAUGAAAACGUAAAACGACAGUUGGAAAAACAAAGAGAUGCCAUCGAGAAUAACAAUAUCGAAAAGUUCUUGAAGGCCCUGAAAGAAAAGUCCGAUGAAAUUGAUAAAGUGGAUCAGAAGAUAUUAGACGAGCCUUUGAGUAACGAUCCUAACGAGCUUAAAAAGCAGCUCGAUGAGCUCAAGGCUUUGCAGAUUGAGAUGUAUCAAAUUAAACCAGUGCUCGGAUCUCUACAGCAAGCUGGCUCAGGGCUUAUACACAAAAACGCUGAUGAUGAAGUAGUUGUGAAAGAUCUUACCAACAAGAUCCAAACCGUGACAAAUGAAUACAUUGAAGUAGAAGAUAAGCUACGUGAUAAGAUAGCAGCGUUGCAGUCCGCAUUAUACAAACAGCAAGACUUUGACAAGACAAUUGAGGAGUUUGACAGAUGGUUGACGCAGACUGAGGAGAAAGUCAAAUCCCAGAUGAUGUUAUCUAUUAAACCUGUGCUUAUCAAGAAACAGAACAAAGAACAACAGGUUCUAAUGGAAGAAAUCAAAGCCUAUGAAUCAGUUUACCAUGACAUUCAAAACCACUGCUCGGAACAAUCCGAACUUUUGGAMUCCAGGGCAGAAAGGGAAGAAAUGAAACGAACGAUGACCGAAUUCGCCGAACGUUGGAAAAGCGUGAAACGAUCAAUGGCCGAACGACGUAAGGAGAUGGAUCGACURUACCCCGUUGUUGUAUGUUAUGUCGAAACGAGGACCGAAUUUCAGACAUGGUUAAGACAAGACGAGCGAACCCUUGCGGAACUGUCAUUGGAAUCGGGCAUCAAUGAUUUGGAGUCCCUCGUUGAAAAGAAGAAUGUCAUUAAGGGUCUCCGAGAAAGACUGGACAACCAUCGACCUGUCUACAACAACCUUGUAGAAACUUCCCAAGAGCUUAUAAACAUUUGCCACGAAUUGAAUAUCAACACAGAUGCCAUCUAUGUAAUCGGUGAUCGAGAGGAGACAAAAAGGCGCUGGGAGCGGCACAGCGCAGCCGUUCUUGGCGGAGAAAAAAUCCUUAAGAGUUCAGACAAGACGAUGGCUCAACUACGAGAGGUUAUGGGACCCAUGCAACAGGCUAUGGACGAUGCAGAGAGCAUACUUGCACAAGAGCCAGCGUACGGUACUGAUGUCAAUCAAGUCAGAAAAGAACUCAAGAAAGUUGAUAACACAAUCCAAGUUUUGGAAGACACCGAGUACAAACUGGUUCGUCUGUCCAAACAAACAACCAACAACGAGUACAUCAUUACCAUCAUCAAAGAUAACCGUGUCAUGCAGGUCCGACUGAAGGAACGUAAAGUCAAACUCGAGAAAUACAUCAAGAAUGUCGAGAUGUUUGACAGCGCUGGCCAAGAGGUCGAGGUCAAGGUCAUGGGCAUCAUGAGGUUUGUGACCGUGGAAAUCGUUAUGACCAAUAUCGAAGACGUAAGGGAUCAGCUUCAGCACGUACAGAAUCUCGAGGACGAGGUCGUGAUUCACCGACGCAAGAUCGAAACCAUGGAAGAGACAGGAGAGUGGAUAAUCAAGCAAAAUGACAACCAAGAAGAAGUCUUGAGUGAAAUCAAGACCAAAAUAUCUCGCGCAAAAUCCUCCAUCGAUGAGGUUUCUAUYAAACUUAGCGAUCGACGCCGUCGUCUUGAGUCUGCGCUGACUGAGAAAGAACGUGUGGAUGAAACUCUUGGUCAUUUCGAGAAGCGUGUUUGUGUGCUGGAUAAAAAGAUGCUGAAAGCCAAGCCYGUGUCAGCUGAGUAUGUCGUUAUCAAAGACCAACGGAAAAACCACGAGGGUGUCAUUCGUGAAUGUGUUAGCCUGGUCCCAAUUUCGGAGUACCUCUUCCCUGCUGCUCGCAACGUCAUUCUUGACACUCAGCCAGGUCCAGACAGGGACGUACUAGAAAACCGUGUCCUCGCUACACAGACAUUAUGGGAAACUGUCAAAGACAAAGCAGAUGUACGACAGAAGUGCAUCGAGACUGUUUUCCCCAGUGCAGAGGUCUAUGAUGACGCUUAUAAUGCCUUGAAUCAAUGGAUGAGAGACAUUGAGACGAAGGUCGUCAACAUGAAACCUGUGCUUUGCGAUGAAGAUUCAUUAAAUUCACAAAUAAAGCUCGUCAAGGAAAUGCGUCAAGAUAUAUUCAACCACGAUCCAGUCUACAAACACUUCAUCACAGCUGCACAAAACCUGCAACAGGCAUGUGAAAAGGCAAAUAUUGCAUCUGGUCUCGAACCUAUCGAAGAAAUCAAUGAAGAGGUUGCUAACCGCUGGGCUGUGAUGAAUCAAGUAGUGGAAGACAAACAGCAAAAACUAGAAACAACUAAGAGACAAUUACAAACAUACAAUGAGAAGGUAGACAAGAUGAAUGACUUACUACAGCGAACGGAGGGAGUAUUGGAACAGCAGUUUGAUGUUGGUUUAGAUCUUGAUCAGGCUAAGGCCAACAGGGACACUUUGAUGGUUCUUUCAUCAACACUAGCAAAUGCAAAGGGUGAUCUCGACUCCGCAAACAUUAUCGGUCAAGAUUUACUAAACGAAGCAGAUACUCAGAUUGUUAACGCGGCUGCAAUUGAAGACGACCUAGCAGAGCUCAAUGACAGGUUUGAAGCUGAUCGUGCUGAGCUUGAACGCGAGGAAAUCAAACUUGAAAAUGUGAUUGAUAAUGUGGAGGCUUUCCAAGGGGCCUUGAAUCAGUUUGAAUCAUGGCUUCCUGAAGCUAUGUUGGCCGUCCAGAGUUUCAAACCAAUCAGCAGUGAACCUGAAGAAAUAAAACGUCAAUUGAAGGAAGUUGAGGAGCUUCAUGAAACGUUACUUGCCAAAAGACCACUACUUGCUACUGCACAGAAUUCUGGAAACAAGCUUGUGGAAGCAAGCGAAGGUGCGUCAGUUGAGGAUGACGUUACUACCAAGCUCCAUCCUUACGAGGAAGCCUACGAUGCUCUUCUUGCCGUAGUGGCUGAUCGGUUAUCCAGGCUACAGGUUAUGAUGUACCAAUCUCAAGAACUCGAUGUUGCUCUUUCCAAUAUCGUUGCGUGGCUUACUGAGGUUGAGAAGAAGCAGGAGAAACAAGAGGCUCCAGUUUUGAGAACAGAGGUGGUAAACAACUUGCAGAGGGAACAACAAACUCUCCACCAAGAGAUUUCUAACUAUGAGGACACAGUUGGACACGUCGAAAAAGCCGGUAAUGAUUUACUCCAAACAAUGAACCUUGGCCCAGAACGCGACAUCCUUAAGUAUAAGCUAGCAGACAUGAGCCGGCGAUUUGAUAACGUCAAAGACAAGUCCAACGAACGUAAGGAGCUUCUUGAUCAGCUUGCACCCCUUGUCCAACGUUACCAGACUGCUGUUGAAGGGUUUUCUGGAUUCUUGGAUGACUCUGAGGAAAAACUGGAUGUUCUCAGCACUACGUCGAUCGAUGAGGAGACAGUCCCUAAGCUCAAGUCAGAAAUAAAGGAAUUCAAAAUGGCCGUUGAAGAUGAAAGUGGCAACCAUAAGGUUCUGAACACAAGUGCUAAAGAACUGAUAGAAUUCUGUAAAGAUCUUCCCAUUAGAAUCGACACGGCACCAAUUGACAAUGAAGUAUGUGAUGCAAACACGCGCUAUGAAAAACUUAAAACGGCCAACCUCGAUGCGAACGUUGUGGAACAAAAUGUCGCUUUAUAUCAGAGUGCGAUAGAUCCURUCAAAGAAACGUUGGAUGAACUGGACGCGUUUUUGGAGUCCGAAGCAGACUUUGGGUUAGACGUUGAACAAGGUAAAGCAGAACUUCAACGCGUAGAGGACUUGAUUGCUGACCUCGAAAACCAAAAGGCUGAACUUGACAUCGUUGAACUCAGCACCCCACUCGAAGCUGAACAAACUGAGUAUGUGGAGCAAAUGGCAGACGUUAGCUACCAGUACGACCUCAGCGCUGGAAAAAUCAAGAGAGUCAAGCAAAACAUGGCAAAGAGACUUGACAAGUUCGUCGUCUUCAUGGAGUUGUUUGAGGAGGUUGAUAUCUGGUUGGUUGAGAUACAGAAAGUCGUGGACGACUUUGAGCCUGUAAGCAGCGACUGUGAGGAGGCCAAAACACAGUUGGAAGAAUUACAACCGAUCAUCGCUCAGUUCCCACCGUACCAUACUAAACUGGAGACAAUGGAAGAAAUAAAGAACUAUAUUGUAAAGACAGUAAAGGAUGAUCCUGCAACGAUCGCCGAAGUCAAAGAMAAACUCGACCAAGUCAAGCCCAAAUACGAUAAACUCCAAGCGACAGUCGUUAGUCGACAGGCUCGACUGAAGAACGUCAUUGUUGAAGGGCAGGACUAUCAGACCUCACUUGACGAGGCUGUAAUGAAACUCAAUGAGAUGGAAGGUCUUCUGGAUCAACAAGAACCAGUCAAUGCCAAGUACAUUGUGAUUGCACAACAGAAACUUGAUCAUGAGGGGAUUUACUUGGAAGUAAACAUGCACGGCGUUAUUAUUGAAGACACUAUACGUCAAGGAAAAGAAAUCCUUGCCGAGUCACAACCAGGAGACUAUGCCGACACGCUUAAAACAUCACUACAUGACCUUGAAAAACGUUGGAACAGCCUUGUUGAAAAGACGGAUGAACGUCAGCAGCAACUGGAUGAGGUGGCGCCACCUGCGCAGAAUUAUUCAGAAGCGAUGGAGAACUUCAUCCCCGCUCUAAGUGAAAUGGAGGAUAUCGUUGGGGACUGUGGUGAGGUGUUAUGUGAGAAGCAUGCGCUCGGACGAGAGAGAGAUUUACUCAAGUUCUUGCAACAGUUCCUACAAGAGGACAUUGAAGGUCAUCGGCCAGUUUACAAGUCAUUAGUUGACAAUUCCAAUGAUCUUUUGAAUUCCUGCGACUCUGCCAACGUGACAAACGGAGUACCUGAGGUCAAAGCUGAAACCGAUGACGCCAUUCAACGCUGGACCGCACUUAACGACUUCUAUCGUAAUCGAAGAGAACAGGUUUCAGAGGCCGACAGCAAAGUAAAGAAAUACAGAUCGCUGCUCGGUCCUUUAGAGAAUUCAGCCAAAAAGGCAGAGAAAAGCUUGGAAGAGUCUCAUCAUGAAGGUAUUGACGUGGAUGAGAGCGAGAAGAUGCUUCAAGCUAUGAAGGUCCUCCAGGAAGACGUGCAGACUCUAGAAACAGACGUCCAAAAUGUUGGAGAACAAGUCAAGAACGAAGAUCACCCCAAAAUCAAUUUMACACCCGUGAAACAGCGCGUCAAGAAAUUAUCCAAUCGCGUCGCAGCGUUACGGCGAAAUGUCACCGUACAUAUCACGUGGCUGGAGAAGGUGGUGGAGGAAAUCACAUUAUUUGUGAAUUCUACGGACGAACUACAAAAGUACGUCAACGUUGCAUUUGUCCAGCUGGAUAAUUUCGAACCAAUCAGCAAUGAUCACAAAGUAYUGUCCAAACAACUCGAAGAAGURAAAGAAUUAGAGGAGAACACGAACAAACAGUUCGCAGUUUUAUCUGACGCCGAAAUAAAAGCCAGGUCCAUCACUUCGAUGAAGAAGGACGAUCCAAAAGCUAUAAAGGAUGUUGCUGAAAGAAUCAACAUCUGCGAAGCUGCUUUGGUUGAACUCAAAGAAAAGAUAAAGGAUCGAAAGCAAAAGAUUUUAAGGGCGCAAGAACACAUUUCAUUGUAUCGUGCUCAACUUGAACCUGUGGAGAAGGCUUUUAGUGAGAUUGAAGAUUCAGCUGUCAUGAAGGCUCCUGUCAGUGAAGAGGAACUUGGGAAGGUUGAGAAUGCMAUGAAAGACAUGGAAGACAGUGAUCAGCGGGUCAGACUUAUUCGCCGUUCAAGUCAGCAGCUACUGCGUGUUAUCGAUAUUCAAACAGACCCUGGAGUSGAGGUACAGACCGAGGUUGCGAAGGUGACUCAAAAACAACGCUCAUUGACCUCUAGCUUGAGGAAAAAGCACUCGAAACUCAGGAAGGGUCUUGAAUGUUACAAGCAGUUCACCGAUAUUAUAGAAGACUUACAAAAGUGGAUUCCAGAAGGGCGCGGGAAAGUUGAGGCCGAACUGCCUGUGAGCACUGAACCAGAAGACAUCAAAGCACAGCUGGAGGAAAUGAAGGAUCUUAAUGACGAAGUUCAAGAAAAACAAGCGAUACUCGAUCAAGCCAAACAGCUUGCUGACAAAAUUAAGGAACUAAGCAACGACGACGAAGGUAUGACACAAGACGUAGCUGAAAGAAUCAGCAGUGUGGAGCAGCCUCUUGAAGACAUAAGCAACACACUUAACAAGAAGCUGAACGAUCUGCAAGCCGCGUUGUUACAAUCACAAGACUUCAAAGGUUCCAUGGAGGAGCUCAACAGAUGGUUGACAAGCGCUAGUAAGUUAUACGACUUGGUUGGACCUGUCUCUGCACGGUUUAUGAUCAUCGGCAGUCAGGAAGACAAAAUUGAGGCUAUCAACAAUCAGCUCGACCUUCAUCAACAAAUGUUUGAACAUGUUACCAAAGAAGGCGAACAGAUGCUGGAAUCACUGCCCGAAGGCAGUGAGCACGAAAAACUCAAAGAUAAACUCGACACAACAAGAGCUAAAUGGAAUGAUUUAAAAACUAAGCUGGGUGAUCACAGAACGAAGCUUGACGAAGUGAAACCCACUGCUAAAAUGUACGAAGAUACAAGUACUCCUUUCAUUGCCUGGCUGGAUGAUGCUGAGGAUAGAAUGAAAAAGUGCGAUAAGGUGCCAAGUGACCAAGAAGAGAUUAUACGUGUCCAGGAAACCCUAGAGCUGAUCYUAGACGAAGUAAAAASCCAUGAACCAGAGCAUAAAGCCCUCAAUUUUGCUUCUACUGUACAUUUGAAAAACGCUCAAGACAAGAACAUUACGUCACAUGUCCCUGUAAUCGAGGACGAAGUAGCGACAAUCAACCGUCGUUAUGACGAGCUUCAUUGUGAAGUAAACAAAAAGUUGGAUUUGCUAAGCGACGCACAGGAGAGUCUCCAUGGUUUCCAAGAGACACUACGUGUCGUGGAACAAACUCUAGAAGAAGUUCAGCUCUUCGUUGUCGAGGAGUAUGAGUUGCUUCUUGACGUGAAGGAAACAGAAAUGGAACUCGGUAAAGCAAAGACAUCUGUUGCUGUCUUGGAAAACCGUAAACCUGUCUUGCGUGACUUGRUAAAGCACGGUAAAGCACUAGCUGAACAAACUGGUGACCCUGAACCACUUGAGACAGUGGCAUCUGUGUGCCAGAGAUUCAACGAGACUGAAGACAAGAGUCAUGAGAAGGAAGCAUUCUUAGACAAGGUUGUUGAAUACCUGGAUAUUUACGAUACAAACAUUAGCAAAGUAGAAGAAGACAUUCCUAAAAUUCAGASACAAGUUGAUAACUUUGCACCYGUCAGUGAYGAUCCAGAUGAAGCUCAGAAACAACUCCAAGAAACAGAGGACAUCCAGGACAAUUUGACYAAUGAUAAAAUUCUGCUGGAUAGUGCAAUCGAUGCUUCUGAUUGGCUCUCUGAAAAUGCUAAUGCGCAGCCGUCAACUGGAGACGAAAUGAAGAGGAGAAUUGAAAAGAACAAGGAGCCGCUUGAAGAUCUAUGCAACACUGUCAAUGAGCGUCAAAAUGCUCUGAAGAAGUUGAAAUCUCUCGAAGCAAUACCCUGUAAUAGGGAGGGCAUAGAAAUGUACGGAGACAGUCUAUCAGAGAUAGAAAAAGAGGUUGAAGAACAUGAACCAACAAGGCAGACUGUGAAUGAUCUCGCAGCACAAAUCAUCGAGAUUCAACCAUUCGAUCUUGACUCCGUAAGAAACAAAGCCCAGGAUGUAAACGAGAGAAUGGAUGCAUUAAAGAAUGCACUCAACGAUAAAAAAGACAAGCAUAAUAAGAUUAAAGAUYUGUGGACAACKUAUCAACAGUAUAUUGUUGCAGUAGAGGUUCUAGUAGUUGRAGGAAUGGUGCUUUGUGCUUAUGAUACUCCAGCUCUUGAUCUAACACGUCUGAAGGAGGAGCUACAGCUCAUAGAUGAGUUACUGUCCAAUAUUACCACCCAAGCACCAAUGCUUAACGAGGUGGAAGAUAUUGCUCAGAAAGUGGUCGACCUUCUUGACRAGGAUUCUUCGGAUAUUGUAAUCAUAAAUGAAAGGGUUGCCAACAUGUUUGUGCGAUUUGAAGGUGUUCAGUCUGCCCUUGAAGCUCGCAAAACCAAACUAGAAAGUCACCUUGAUUACCUAAUACGGUUUAGUCAGUGUGAAGAAGACCUUAACAACUGGUUCGUGGCAAUGAACAAAGUGAUUGAGCAACUUGAUCCUAUUAGUACUGAGCCCGAAAUCGUCAGGAAACAACUUACUGACGUUGAGGAACUGUUGGAUAGCGUGCAGGAAAAGAGGCAAGUUCUGGACGAUGAGCAGAUUGCUGGUGUUAGGCUCAUGGAAUUGAACAAAGAAAACGAGAAUGUAACAGUUGAGGUGGUGACUAUUUUGAGUAACGCACAAGCCAAAAUGGAUCGCAUUGCUAACAAACUAGACGAUCGUCGGGAGAAACUCCAGUCAAUAAUGUUAGAGUGCCAGGACAUCCAGUUAUCGCUUGCUGACUUCAUGAAUGACUUGGCAGCAAUAGAGGAAGAAUUCGCUGGAAUGAGACCGGUGUCCGCUGUACAUGAUACACUCAAAGAACAAGAACGCGAAUUCAAGAUUUUAAAAGAUGACGUGGGAGACCUUGAAGAUCUGGCACAAGAGCUURUAGCACGCACAGAACACCUCCUAGAAACCUCUGAGCCAAGCCCCGACAGGGACAACUUGCAGCAAAAACUCCAAGACAUUAAAACAAGAUGGGAUUCUGUCAAGGCAAAAACUGCUGACCGCGAGGGACAGAUCUCUGAGAUCGCCCCAGGUCUUCACGAUUAUUAUCUUCAUGUUGAUCCAUUCGCCGAGUGGCUGACGAGUCUUGACAACAAGUUGUCUUCCCAAGAACCCGUGUCAUGUGACAAGAAGACCAUCGACAGACAAGUCGAACAAGCGAAGAAGCUAAAAGAGCAGUUGGAUGACCACGUGCCCGAGUGCGAAAAAGUGAAGGAACUGGCUGCUGACAUCGUUAAGAGCCAGCCUGAUGACGUAUAUGUCGUGGAAGCACAGAUUCUGUAUCUUACAAAAUUAUGGGAUAGCAUUASCCUAAAGCUCAAUAACAGAGUUCAACAGACAGAAGCAGUGAAAGAGCUCGUUCAUCAGUAUGAAGAUAUMAUUAUUCCAGUCAAUGAGCUGUUUACGCGAGCUGAGGAUGGAAUYAUUGCCAUGGAUACUGUUGGCUGUGACGUUGAUAAGGCAAAACAGGAGCUGAAUAAUACCAAGUCAUUGAUUAACACACUGGAAAAMCGAAAACCAGAAGUACAACAAGCGGUUAAAAUAGGACAGAAUUUGAUCACGUGCGCCAACAAUGACUCGACCGAUGUCAGCUUGCUCCGUAAAGAAGUGGGUGUGUUGAUGGGAACUCAUGCUGAGCUCAAGGAGUUACUUCAAGAUCAGGAGGCAAAACUGCAGGCAAUUGUGGACAAAGGGACGUUAUUCAACAGUGAAAUGAAAGACUUGUUGCAAUGGGUGAACGAGGCAACUGACAAAUUUUCUGAUGACAAGACAAUUAGCACAAAUCCUAAAGUCGUCAACAAACAACUAGAGCAAAUUGAGGACCUUCAAGAUGACAUCGCAAAACAUCGCGYGACACUCGAACGCAAUGACCAAUUGGGAAGAGAUGUAAUUUCAGCCACAGGGGAAAAUCCAUUUGUUGUUGCCGAAGUUCAGUCAAAACUGACAAAAGUACGUGCAAAACUCGAUCGUUUAGAUAACAAAACUGAACAACGUCGUGGGGUUUUKCAAAGUAUUUUGCUUCAACUUCAAGUAUACCAAGUCACCCACGAAGACUUCAAGGCCAGUCUUGCUGAACUUGAAACCGAACUAGAAAAUAUUCGUCCAAUAUCUGCUAUUUUCGCAGUAGUUGAUGAACAGAAAGUUGAAGCUCAGAGUUUUGAAAACAGUUUAACGAAAAAAGAGCCAGUGUACGAAAAGCUAGUAGAGGAAGGACAAAGAAUGCUUGAGAAAAUGGUACCCGGUGAAGAAAAAGACGAGCAGCAAGUCCAACUUGAUGAUACAAUGACGCGUUGGCAAGCUUUGAAGGACAAUUCUGAGAAAUUGCGCGAUAAGAUCGAUGAGGUGCAUGAAGUGGCAGGGCAGUAUGAUAGGAAGAGUGAUAAAUUCAAAGAUUGGCUUGAUGACACCGAGAAAAAACUAGCCAAGGCUAACACUAAGUCUUACACCCAGGACAAAGCUAACGAGACACUGGAGGAACUCAAUAGAAUACUAGAAGACGUGUUCUGUCAUGAACCGCAUUUUGAAGAACUCAGAGAUGCCGCUGAUAAAGAUGUUGAGUCAAGUCAAAUGGACGGGGAUGUAGUCAAGGCGGAAUUCCUGGAAAUACARCAUCGKUGGGAUGMCCUUAAUGCGUCUGCACUGAAAAAGAAAGAAGACGCAGAGCAKGUCAAGGAGGCUUUGGAUAAGUACCACAGUGCUCUGCAACCUGUGCAAGAAGCUUUCACACAAGCAGAUACCAUCCUGAGUGAGUCUGAGCCCCUAGGAACAAACGUAGACAAAAUCCGCGAGGAAUUAGAACAAGUGAGGGAUCUGAGAUCCACAUUGGAUGAUCGCAAGCCAGAUAUAAAACAAAUCAACCAGUCAGGCAACAUGUUACUCUCAGGCGUAGAGCAAACACCAUUGAGUGCUGAAAUUAAAGAGAAACUMGAUGCUACUAACGAGAAAGCUAAAAAUACUCCUGAAAAACUACGAGAAAAGGAAAAGGCUCUGGAAAAAGCACUUAAUGAUGCUACUGAAUUCAAUACAGUCCUUGAAGAUAUUGAAACGUGGCUUCCCGCUGAGCAAGAAGUUGUAAACAGCCUUGAAUCUGUCAGCACUGAGCCAGAAAAGAUCAAAGAACAAAUCAAAGACACCGACAAARUCCUUGAAGAAGUUAAACGCUACCUYGUGAGACUGCAUCACUUGGAGGAAGUUGGRCAGCGAUUGAUUGAAGACAAUGUAAGCGACCCGAAYACUGUAGCUGACAUUCAGAAUAAAAUUGAYAAAGUAAGAACACCUUUGGAAAAGCUSUGUGGUAAACUUGARCAGCGCAGUGCAAGACUCCARAAUGCCGCCAUCGAAUCACAAGAAUUCCAAGACUCGUGUAAUGAUUUCGUUGGACGUCUUGGAAAUAUUGAAGAUCAGCUGGUCGACGACGCUCCUAUUUCCCCCGAGUACCAGGAAACCAAAAAGCAGAAAGAAGACAAUGAGGAUGUUCAGGAUCUUAUUGACCGAGAGGAACCUGUAUUUGAGAAUCUAAUGAAAGCUGGAGAAAGAGUGCUUGAGACUGCAGAGCCCGGAGAAGAGAAAAAGACCGUCGCAAAGAAGCUUGCUGAACUAAAGGAUCGUUGGGAAGCUACAAAAGAAAAGGCAAARAAACGUGACGAACAGAUAGAAUCUGUGUUACCGGACGCGCAGGAAUAUCACAAGGCUCGUACAACACUAGAGCCAUGGCUURCGGAAGCGGAGAAAAAGAUUUCAACAAUCAAUAUAUCUUCAAGUGAYCCUGAUGAUAUCAAAAAACARGUUGGCGUUCUGGCUGCCCUGAAAGCCGACAUGGCUAAUCGUAAACCCGAAUACCAAUCCCUUAACAAUGCAGCUGAAUCUUUGAUUGACAAGUGUCCUGACAACAGCUAUGUCAUUGAUGCUCAGGUAAARGACAUAAAUCGACGCUGGAAUACCUUGCUUAAGGACAUCGAAGAUAAAGGAGAAUCUCUUUCUGRUGCUCAGAAUGCGUCAGAGAAGUUGCAAGAGGACAUCAAUUGUGUUGAAGCUGCAAUUAGUAAGGCUGAAAUGGCACUGGAGGCCUGUGAACCUACCAUUGAACCAGAAGUCGCUAAAAGAGACUUYGCUAACGUCGAAGCAGCAUUACAAUCACUUGAGGACUGUGAACCAGCGAAGAACGAGGCGGACAAGAUGGCGGACGAUCUUCUUAACAAUAUGGAUGAGUCCUCAACAAGUGCCAUUAUGCUCAAGAAAAAAAUGGACAACUUGGACGAGAGAUAUACAACAACUUUAAACGCGACUAGAGAGAAAAAAGGACAGCUAAAGAAAUGCGUCGUWCUGAUUGUYGAGUUCGUUGAAAUCUACGAAGAGAUUACCAUCUGGAUCGAAGAAACUAAACCUGUUAUUGACUCGGYUAAGGAAAUCAGCAGUAUUCCUGUUGUAGUGAAAAGUCAGCUUACUGAAGUUGAAUUGCUACAGGAUAAUGUUGCUGAUAAAAARCGAGAUCUCSAAAAAGCAGAAGAAAUAGGCGAACAGCUUGUUGAAUGCUGUGACAAGAACCCUWCCGUCGUAAGCGAAGUCAAUCUUAAACUUUCUAAAGUCAAGGCUCCUUUGGAAACCAUCGCAGCAAAGAUCGAUAACCGACAAGUCAAACUCCAGAUGAUUGUCCUACAGACACAAGCUUUUCAAGAUACUGUGGACGAUUUUGAAGGCAAACUAUCGAAGGUCGAGGAUGACCUGGCGCGCAUGCUUCCUGUGUCUCCUGUUUACGAGCGUGUUCGAGAGCAAACCCACGAACUCGAUGAAGUUGCAGACGACGUCAAGCUACUCGAGCCUGUUUAUGGACGAYUGUCUAGCUGUGGAUWUGACGUUCUAGAAUCUUUGGAACCCGGAGAAGAGAAAGAACGACUUAAAGACAAACUCGAUGACAUUGAGAAACGGUGGRUCAACGUCAAGGAUAAGGUCGGUGAUCGUAAAGCCAACCUACAAUUAGUGACUCCCGAAGCAAAGAAAUACUCCGAGAACUCUCACGCUUUGAUGCCUUGUUUGGAGGACGCCGAAAGCUAUCUAUCGUCUUGUGGUCCUGUACCAUGCGACGAGAAGAACCUAGCACGAGAAGAGAAAACUCUUCAAGAUCUGUUAGAUAAUGUCGAUGACAAGAAACCAGUUGUMGAACAGCUGAAUGACGCUGCAAGGUCUUUGUCUGAAGUCUGUGAAAAUCCUGAAGUUACUCAAGCAGAAGUCAAAGAUGUCAACAAACGAUGGGCCACUGUCUUGGACGGGUUACAAAGGAGAAAAGAUCAAGUAGAUAAUGUUAAACAAUCUUUAGGAGAGUUAAAGAACGUUAUUGAACCAGUUACGGUGACUUUGGAAGAAGCUCAACCUAUUCUGGAAGCUCCUACAUCUUAUGGUGCUGAUGUACAGAAAAGCGAAGAUGAAUUGAAAAAGAUCGAUGAUCUUUUGGAAUAUCUUAAUGAUCAGCAACCAGGUGUACAAUCACUAAAAGAYAACGUGGGCUCACUUAUGAAUCAAGUCGAUGAUAAGUCUCCAGAUGCCAUCCGUGUCAAAAAUGACGUCAGCAAUGUUAACAAUCGAUACGAUGACGUCAUUAAUAAGCUCCAAGACCGCAAAGCACAGCUGGGAGAUGAUGUCACCAAUGCUAAGGAAUUCAACGAUUGUUUGUAUGAACUUGAAGAYUGGUUGCCUGAUGUACAAGAUCGUGUUGCUAAGCAAGAACCAAUCAGCACGGAGCCUGAAACGGUCAAGGCACAACUUGAAAAAGCACAGCUUCUAAAAGAUGACAUUGCUCAACACAAAGCAACUCUCCAGAGAGCUGAAAAUGCCGGCCAGAGGCUGAUUGCCAGCAGCAAAAACAACCCUGCUGUUGUAGCUGAUGUGUAUGGUAAACUAAACAAAGUCCGCACAGCUCUUGAUGCUUUAGCUGCAAAGGUUGACCAGCGACAGAACAGACUGCAGAAUGUCCUGCUGCAAAGCCAGGAAUUUCAAGUGUCCUUUGAAGAUUUCCUGGACAAGCUUGGAAAUAUCGAGGACCAGAUUGGCAAGCUUGAACCAGUGUCUGGAAUACACGAGAAAGCRAAAGAACAAGGACAAGAACAUAAGGCUAUCCGAGAUGCGGUCGCUCAACUGGAACCAGUCUAUAACCAGCUCAUGAAAGCCGGUCACAAUGUCCUUGAUACCUCUGAGCCUGGUCCAGACAGAGACGCCCUAGAACAGAAGCUUCAUGAUACCACCACAAGGUUCAACGACAUCAAAGAAAAAACUGCCGAUCGCCAGGAACGCUUAGACAAGGUUGUACCUCUAUCGCGAAAACACAAAUACGAAAGUCAAACAUUCAARCCUUGGCUGACAAGCGCUGAAAAACGAUUUGCAGCUGUAAAUCCUGAUACAGUCGAUAAAACAGUUCUUGAUAACCAGUUAAAAAUGUUAAAAGAUCUAGACAAUGAGGUAGAGGAUCGUAAGCCAGACUUGCRAGAGCUUAACGACACGACAGCCGACCUUGUCGAAAGCUGUCAAGCUGACCGAUUUAUAAUCGAAGGUGACACUCAAGACGUCAAUAAACGAUACGACUCUCUUGAAGCUGACGUCCAAACAAUGGAGAAUAAGAUGCAAGAAAUCAAGGAAGGUGUUGWGAAGUAUGAAGAWGCUGUCCUUCCUGUACAGAAYGUUCUUGAUGAAAUCGAGAAAGCUAUCAAAUCUCACGAACCAGUUGGCAUUGACUUGGAGAAAGGGAAGAACGACGUUAAAGAUGUUGAAGAUCUUCUGGAGAAACUGGAAAAACUGAAGCCCGAAAUGAUCAAAGCUAAACAAGCUGGUCUUGAACUGGCUAAUAGCAUGGAUGAAAAGUCUCCAAGCGCUUUGGAUUUGAGAAACGACGUCGAUGCGCUGGCUGAUAGAUAUARCGAUUUGCAGGACAAACUAGCUGACCAUCRGAAGAAGGUUGACGAUGAGAUCAAGCUGGCCGAAAAGUUCCAUGACACCCUAAAUGCGCUGGAAGAAAAGCUCCCCGAUAUCCAAGAAUCUGUUGGUGCACAAGGACCUAUUAGUAGYGAACCUGAUAUGGUGAAGAAGCAAUUAGAACAAGCUGAGGAUCUUCGAGAUCAGAUCAACCAAUGYAAGGCGAUGCUUGAUUCGUUAGRGGACACGGGUAAAGAGAUUAUUGACGAAAGUAAUGAAGACCCGCGGGUCGUUCGGGACAUACGUGGAGAGCUAAACAAGUUAACAGCGCCAUUGGACGUAGUUGCCCGUAAAGUCAACGAACGGCAAGCCAAGCUUCAAGGCGUGCUACUACAGUGCCAAGAAUUCCAGGUUUCAUGUGAAGAUUUCUUGGAUAACCUGGGUGAUUUAGAAGCCAACGUCGCUUCGCAAGAGCCUAUCUCAGCCUUGUUAGGAAAGGUUAGAAAACAGAAACAGGACAACGAAGCAGUACAAACUGCUGUAAACCAACAAGGACCAGUUUUAGACAAACUUCUUGGAGCUGGAGAAGCCGUUAUCGAAAAUCUUGACGACGAACAAGAAAAAGACACUAUGAAAAAGAAGAUAGAUGACAUGAAAGAGAGAUUUGAAAAAGCCAAAGAACAGACUGAUGACAGACAAAGCAAACUCGAGAAUGUCGAAGAAGAAGCUCAGAAAUAUAGAGUURACGCUGACUCAUUGGAAGCCAUGYURKCUWCGGCMGAAGAACAAGUGAAUGGCUUUGCACCUUUAUCUUCUGACAAAACCAAACUCGCUAAGCAACGCGAAAUGCUCGAGCAAAUCCAACAGGCGGCAAACAAGCUGAAAUCCGACGUCCCACAAGUUGAAGACAAUGCCGACGCCUUGAAGAAGGACGCAGAGGCCGAUAUCAWUGUUGUGGAAGACGAAGUAGACAGCCUGAUAAAGAGAAUCGAUAAUUUGAAAGCCACUSUAGCAGAUCGCGAAGAACAGCUUUCUGCAGUUGAGCAAGCAGCGGAGGAUUAUCACGUGACUGUUGCCCAAGUCGAGGACGUUUUCGCAAGUGCCUAUGACGACGUUGAUGCGCCCGCGUUAUUCGGCAUUGAUUCGGAUAAAGCAGCGGAGCAGCUUAAUAAGAUCAAGUCUUUGAAAGCAAAUCUUGGCGAUAAACAAACAGACCUCGAUAAAGUCAAUCAGUCAAGCGAAACACUCCUACAGCGCGUACCAGAGGAUUCUGGUGACCAUGACGUUGUUCGUGUUAAAGUGUCGGAACUUUCGUCCAAAUUCACAGAUCUACAUGAUAAGCUUCGUGCCAAAGAGGAGCAGCUUGAGGAAGAAGUCAAUAAAGUCAAAGAGUUUAAUGAUAAAGUGAAAGAACUGGAUGACUGGCUGGACGGAGCUAAGGAAAAGCUAGCUGGAGUAGGUCCUAUUAGUACAGAUCCUGAAGCUGUCAAAAAACAGCUCGAAGAAAUCGAGGAACUUAAGGCACAACUUGAAGAUCACAAGCCAACWGUGAAUGAAGCCAACGAUCUCUGCGACUGGCUAACCGACAAGAACAAAGACCAACCAUUAGUAGCAGCCUCWAUCAAAGAUAAGUUUGACAAAGUCGAACAGCCGUAUAACGAUUUAAGAGCAAAGGUACUUGACCUGGAAGGUCGCUUGCAGGCUGCUCAAAUGAGAACACAGGAAUUCCAGGUGUCUUACGAUGACUUCAAGGACAAACUUGGGGAUAUGGAAGAACAGGUCGCAGACUUGAAACCCGUAUCUGCUGUGUACGAAACCGUAAAGGAUCAAAACGAACUUGACGAGAUUUUGUCUGAAAAGAUGAUGAAACAAGAACCUGUUUUCGACCARCUAAURAGAACUGGCAAUAAUCUACUGGAGAGCACUGAACCUGGCCCAGAGAAAGACGAGCUGCAGAGCAAACUUGACGACAUGAAGAAACGCUGGGACGACAUCAAGGAACACGUUGCAAAUCAUAAAGCCAAAGUCGAUGCCGCUCUUCCUGAAGCUGSCAAGUACUCUGARGCAGCAGAAUCACUCGAGCCAUGGCUUACAGACACAGAACAAAAGCUUACCUCACUUGAUCCCAUCAGCGCGGAUGASAAAGUCGUCAAAGACCGUCAGGAAUUAGUUAAUGACAUGAAAAAUGACAUCGAGAAGCACCGACCGGAGCGUGACGCGGUUGAUGAAAAAUCUUCAUCAGUUGUCGAUUUGUCAGAAACAGACAAAGAGGCAGUGGAAUCCCAAGCUAAAGAUCUCAUUGAUCGGUUUGACAAGUUAAAUGCUGAUUGCGCAGAUCAAGAAAAAGAGUUGAAAGAUGUACACGAUGCAUUGGCCGUCUAUUCUGAUGCGUUGACACCUGUACAAGACGUACUUGACAAAGCAGAGGACCUCGUUGGUGGCGACGAUGUAGUAAGUGGAGACGUUGACAAGAACAAGGAGGAACUAGAAAAGAUUAAAGAGCUGAUUGGAAAACUCGAAGAUGCGAAACGACCACUUGAAGAACUAAAAGACGCUGAGGACAAAGCUGCGAAUACCGUCAAAGACGUUGGAGGAGAUGCUGCUCCAAUUGACGAAGAAUUAAAUGCUAUCCUUGAAAAAUAUCAAGAAUUGUUAGACAAAGCCAAAGCCAAAGAAGAAGAACUUGAAAAAGCCGUGAACCAGGGCGGUAAACUGAAAAACAUCAUCAUCGAAAUAGAGGAAUGGAUUAUAGAAACUGAGGAAGUCGUAGAGGUCUGGGAGCCAGUGAGCACUGAUCCUGAUACGGCGAAGAAACAACUUGAUGAUGUCAAAGGCAUUGAGAAAGGUGUAAUUGAACACAAAGACGCCCUCGAUAAAGCUAAAGAAAUCAAAGAGGAAGUGGUAGCCACCACCAAUGACCCUGUCAUGGCCGCCAAUCUGGAAGAACAGCUCAAUAACUUAGACGACCGGCUCAACGCGCUGGACAGCAARRCUAAKGACCGAAAGUCAACAUUAGAAGGCGUGAUAUCUCAAGGUGACGCUUUUGAAAACGAAUUUGAUGAUUUCCUGAAAUGGUUGACCAAAGCAGAGCGACAGCAGGCUGCACUCAGACCCAUUUCAGCAGACGUUGAUAUGGUGAAGCAUCAGAAGAACGAGUACCAGCCAAUUUAUCAAGGAAUCCUCGAGAAAGAACCUGUUUACGAAGCGRUUWUAAAGUCCGGCGAAGACUUGAAGAAGGCCAGCGAAGUCCAGGACGAGAAAGACAACUUGGAGCAUAAGCUAGGUGACGUCACMCGAMGAUGGACUGAGUUGAAGGCUGUGUCUCGCGAACGUGAAAAACGUCUCGAUGAAGCAGUSGAAGCAACGACAAAAUACCAAGAGCUAAAACAUCAGUUCGUUCCUUGGCUAGAUGAAACAGAGAAGUCUUUGGAAGACAUCAAACCAUCUUGUGAUGUGGAGAAACUGGCAGAGCAAGAAGAGAAAUUGAAGAAUCUCCAAGAAAACAUCGAAAAUCACGAACCCGAUCACGUGGAUCUCGACGAGGCGGCUAAUGAAGUAAUUAACAUAUGCGCCGAGGAGGUCACAGCUGUAGAAGAAGAGAUCGCGGACAUCGACAAACGUUGGGACAACCUCAGCAAAAACCUACCCGAAAAAAUAGACAAGUUGAAARCMCUUCAAAAUCAACUCGAGAAAUACCAAUCUAAUCUAAGUCCAGUCAACGAMAAACUUACUGACAUUCAAAACAAGGCCGCUGUCCAAAUGACACCCGUGGCAGACCUUGAUAAAGUCAAGGAUCACCAGCAAGAAUUGCAAGAGUUAAUGGACGAUUUUGAAAARCUUAACCCUUCAUUCGUGGAAACCAUUGAAUCUGGUCAAGACAUUCUGGAUGGUAACCCUGAGCUWGACACCCUACCCGUACAGAAGGAGAAUGAAGAAUUACAAGAUAAGKCUACAAGUCUCAARGCUCAACUGGCUGAUAARCUGGCCAAGGCGUCUGCUUUAGCCGAUGAUUUGGAGAAGUAUUUGGAGAAAGAGAAAGAGUUGUCAAAGGGAAUAGAUAACGUGAAUGACGAUUUGGAGAAAAAYAAGCCAAACAAGAUGGAUGUUGAUCUUGUGAAGGAACAACUGGAAAAUACAAAGGCUCUCAAAGAUCGUCUUAACGGCAUGGAACCAGAAUACAAUGACGUGAACGAAUGCGCUCAGAAUCUGAUCAGCGAUGGCCUUGGUUCAGACCCAGCAUUUGUUAAACAAAUGGCCAAYACAGACAAGACCUGGCACGAUGUCAACGAUGCAGCAGACAAUCAAAUUAAGGGCUUGRARAAAACUCUCRACCAGUUGAAUACGUUGCAAGACGCACUUCAAGACGCCGAUGAAGCAAUUAGUGCCUUUGAAAAGAAGGUCGCUAAUCAACCACCCAUUGGUACAGAUGCUGAGACCAUUGAACAGCAAAUUGAAGAUCUCAAGGAGCUCCAAAAAGAAGCUGAUGAACUGGGCGAAAAAAUAGCUGACUUGAACGACCAAAAGUACCGCCUCGCCAUUACAAAYCCUACUGCAGAUACYAGUGAUAUAGAUGCAGUCAUCGCAGACCUGAGCGAACGGGUGCUUGGAGUGAAUCAAGACAUCUCUGACCGUCAGAGUAAACUCGAACAAGCUUUGCUUCAAUUUGGCAAGUUCCACGAGGCAAUGGCUUCAUUACUGCAGUGGCUCGCAGAAACCAGAGACUUGUUGGAGAGCCAGGGUAGUGUGUCAGCCGCUGAACCUAAAGUGGUGAAGGCUCAAAUAAACGAACAAAARCUACUGAUGAAAAUGAUUGCUGACCGCAAGCCAGGCGUAGACUCGCUCCAGGAAACUGGCCGCGAGAUCCUUAAGACCGCCGAUGACGAAAAGAAGGCCGAUAUCGAAGUUGGACUGGCUGAUAUCAAUUCCCAAUGGGUCGAACUGAACGAACUUGUUGAAGCCAGGCAGAAACAACUCGAUGAUGCACUUGAAGCAUCGCAAAAGUUCGAUGAUCUUUACAGAGAGGCCAGCAAGAAAUUGUCCGAAAUCGAGACUCAGAUCAAAGACGACGAGUUGGACGCUGCAAAAGCUUCACCUGAAGACGUAACAAAACAGCUGGAGAAACUUGAUAACAUUUGCAAAGAGAUUGAAACUCUUGCUCCACUUGUUAAAGACGCUCUAAAAGCCGGUGAACAACUUCUGCCCCAUUGUGACGAAGAUGACAAAGACCUUGUMAAGAUGAAGAUGGACAAACUGAACAACAAACACCAAGAUCUUUUGCGUAAUUUCGACGAAAAACGCGACAAAAUCAAGGACGCCAAAGAACUUUCGGAAAAAUGCUUCAACGGGAAAGAUGAUUUGAUGAGCUGGUUUGAUGAGAUGGAAAAUAAGUUGGCUGCAGCCAAGGAAGACGGAAUUGAAGCAGGAGAACAACAAGCAAGACUUAAGGAAUUACAGGAAGCCAUCAACGACAAAGAACCAGAAAUCAAGGCGCACAAACAAGCUGCUGAUUCAUUGAAGAAACUUGUUCUUGACGAUGAAGUCCCUAAAGUCGACGAGGCGUCAGAUGAAGUAGAAGACAAGUGGAAAGCACUGUGUGCGGAUGUCGAUAACUUGGCUAACACUAUGUUCUCUGCAAAGGAAMGAGUGGACGCCUUCCAGGUAGAGCUUGGCGAUAUCRAGAAGUGGUUGAAGGAGACUGAGGAAACGAUUGCUGCUCUGGAACCCGUCGCUGUUGUACCUGAAAAGGUCAAAGAACAACUAGCUGAACAAACGCCUUUGAACACAGACGUAGCAUCCCACUCUAAACCCGUCGRGUCAGUCUGUGAAACAGGACAGUCACUCCUUGUCGCGCUCAAAGACGACGAACAGACCGCAAUGAAGGAAAAACUCGACGAUAUCAAACAGCGUUACAAAGCAGUCAGCGAUGACACCACUAAAAGACAGGCGCAUCUCGUAGAAGCCUUGCUCCUGUCCCAACAGUUCCGAGAUCUCUAUAAGGAGAGUGUCACCUGGUUAGAUCGAUGUGARGAGAGUUUGAAAAAACUGGAUGAAGAGRGUCAGUCUUCUGAACUUCAGCAAGAGCGCGUUAAGACAAUCCAAGAAGGCAUCUCAGCUCUGCGAAGUCUCAUCGCCAGUGUAGAAGACACCGGAAGCGACUUGACAGAACUAAGCGGUCCAGGUGAAGGUUCAGCCUUCAUUGAACACARAGCGACAGAAUGCCGCGAAAGAUACGAACGACUUUACGCGCUGACAGAAGAAAGAGGAAUCAAGAUUGGCAUCACUCUGCAACAGGAGGAACAAAUUGAACAAAAACUUGAAGAAUUAUUGAGUGCUUUGGAGAGAAARCGAGAUGACUUCAGUAGUUUGGAUCCAGUUGGGGUGCAGCCCGAGACGAUACGUGAACAGAUGGAAUUCAUGAAGGGUAUCCAGUCUGAAUUCGAACCCGAUAAAGAGGCCGUCAAUGAAGCAAAGGUUUCAGUGGAGGGCAUUGUAGCUCAUAAUCCAGACUCUAAGACCUCGCAGCUAAUCAAAGACAAACUCAACAAAGUGUCAACWUUAGCUGGUGAAUUACAAGAUCAAUACGACGARMGAGAGGAAGCCCUCAAGAAAUCACUCGAAGCAAGCGAAAAGUUCUGGCCAGGACUUGAGGAACUGAAGCACAUUUUGAAGGAUGUGCAAGAAACGUUGGACUCCGAAGAACUACCUGCUGCAGAGAGUUACGCAAAGAGCUUGAUGCGCAUGGAGCACUAGUCACGGCGUUAUGUGAGGCAAGUCCUGUGCUUGUGGAGCAUUGUAGUCCAAGUGAUCGGGUUCUUGUGCAAAAUGAGCUCAACAAGGUUACUGAGCUAUGGGAGGCAAUUUCUUCCGCUUGGAAGAAGAGAAUGGUGGACUUAGAUGAAGUGCAAGCUACUGCUGACCAGUUCCACACAGCUUUUGACACUCUUCUUGAAUGGCUUGAUGUCAUGGAGCAGAAACUCGCCAGUCAGCCACCUGUUGGGACGGAACUUGAAGUGGUGAAAGAACAGUUGAACGUGCAUAAGGAUUUCCACAAGGAGCURAUACCACAUCAGAAAGAAGUCACCGAAAUCAACCAACAGGGAAAUCUCCUAACUGARCGAUGUCGACCCGAAGACGCUGAUCUCGUCUCUGCUCAACUCGAAGACGUCAAUAUGCGGUGGGACGAUUUGUGUAACAACUGCAAUGAAAGACAACAAAAACUUGAAGAAGCGCUUCUUCAACUUGGACAGUUCCAACUCGCUUUGGAAGAGCUCCUCGUUUGGCUGAAGCAGACUGACAAAACUCUGGAUGAACAGCUUGCUAAACCUGUUCAUGGAGAUAUCAARUUUAUUGAAAUUGAACUUGCCAAACACAAGAUCCUUCAAAACGACAUUUUGUCCCACGAGCCUUCUGUGGAGUCACUAUCCACUGCAGCCCAAAAGCUCCUCGAGUCUGGCGACUCCAAAAUGGAACCAACGGAGCUUGAAGGAAAGGUAAAUGAUUUGAAAACUACAUGGGAUGACGUACUUGCAAAGUCAGCCAAGCGACAAGCUGAACUUGAAGCGGCACUGGAACGCUCGCACAGCUUCAUGGGACAGAURAAGGAGCUGCGGGGUUGGUUGAAUGAAGCAAGUGAGUUUUUAAAGUCUAAGAGGAGCAUUGGUGGAAGACCUKUGUCGGCUGAAAAACAACUUUCCAAGCACAAGGAUUUCAUGGCUGUAGUAGAGACUCGCCGACAAGUCUACGAACAAAUUGUUGAAUCUGUCGACAAAUUGGUAGAGAACGCUGACCCAGCUACAGCGGCGAGCCUACAAAGACAAGCAGAAGAACUUAAGGAGUCUUGGGACCAAGUUGUUAGCCGAGCCAAUGAGGAACAAGAACGUCUCGAUCRAGCGUUGGAUAAUGCCAAGGAACUAGAAGAUAAGAUGAGUGCUAUUGAUCAAUGGUUGACCAAGGUUGAAGCUGAUAUCGUUGCGUUUGAAGACCCAAGUACCAUUCUCGAAAAAUUACAGAAGCAACGCGUCAACUAUAAGGAACUCAAGGAAGACAUCGACGCACAUCGCGAGCCGUUCAAGAACAUGAAACUGCUGUCYCAUAAGAUCACGGACGUGUGCAUCCAAGAUGACGCAGUCUACAUCGAURGCGAGGYGACGGCGCUUGAGAAACGCUGGAAAGAAGUGCUUGCAACYGCCACAAGUCGUAAGAAGUCUUUAGAAGAAAAUUAUAAACUUUCGCACAAGUUUUUCAACGGGACGGCUGACUUGAUGAAGAUGUUGGAUGAGGCAGAGAAGACUUUGAAGGAGGAAGAACCGAUUGGUGUUGAUCCUUCGCAUUUGAGAACACAACUUAAGAAACAUAAGGAAUUCCAAAACAUGCUGGGAGCAAACCAGGCCACUUUUGACAGUACCAUCAAGGCUGGUAAACUCCUAAUGGAUAAAAGUAACGAUGACGACGCUAUCGUUAUUGAAGGAAAGAUCGCUGAUCUCAAAUCUCGCUGGGACGCUGUCUGUGGAGAGUCAGUAGAAAGGCAACAGAAGCUUGAAGAGGCAUUGCUAUUUACUGGYAUGUUCCAGGAUGCUUUGCAAUCACUUCUAGACUGGCUCACUGCAGUGGAACCCAGUCUCUCGUCKGAGACCGCUGUUAUGGGUGAUCCAGAAACAGUGCAAAUUUUAAUUGAUAAUCAUAAGACAUUCCAACGAGAGCUGAGUCGAAGGGAGGCAAACUACGAGUCCGUGAUGAAGGCUGGGCGUGCAAUGCUCAAUGAAAAYAAGGUUGAAGAACCUCAGUCAUUAGAGUCAAAACUGGACGAUCUACGCAUGCGCUGGGAUGCCGUCSUAGCCAUGUCUAACACCAAGGAAGAUCGUCUCGACAAUGCACUGGUGUUGGCCAAAGAAUUCGACUCGGCCGUGAAGACUGAGUUACGUAUCUUGAAGAAGUUCGAGGAUGAUUUAAGAGAGCUAGGACCAAUUUCGGAGGACUUGAGUGGCAUUGAAGAGCAGCUUGAGAAACACAAGGCAUUCCAUGACGAGCUCAAAGCCGAAGAGGUUAAUGUACAGUCAGCCAUCAAGAAAGGCCAAGUAAUCCUUCGUUUCUGUCACCCAAGUGCAACCCAAAUAAUCCAACAAUGGCUAGCACGCCUGAAAAAGAGAUGGGAUGAAGUGUGGAAGUGGUCCACUCAAAGACUUACUCGCCUUGAAGAAGAACGCGCUAAAAUGGCUGAAGACAAGCAGCUGAUGGACGAAUUGUUGAAGUGGAUUGACGAGAAAGAGAAUUUUCUCAAAGAAAAGGACGAAGAACCAAUACCAGAUGAUGAUUACGAUGAAGUCCAACUGCUACUAGAAGAACACAAGCUGUUCCAAGAAGAAAUGGCGAAGAAACAGCCAAAUUACGACCGUCUUACAAAAUCAAUCAAACGACGCUCGUCCACGCCUCGAACUACUGAAGUCAAAACAACUACUCCUUCGCGACGCCCAGGACCCGGAAGUAGAAUCCCAAGAGCUAGCUCAGGAUCGCCCGCAACACCAUCGCGUGAACGAUCUCGCGAUAAGUUGUUGCACAGUCCAGCAAACUCUUAUACAAAAGAAAAGGAAAGAACACCUUCAUUCACACGUUCAAGYUCGAACCACCAUCCUGCUGUAUCUCAUUUGUCCAAGAAAUGGCAGCAUCUAUGGCUAUUGUCUAUGGACAGACUGAGGAGGUUACAGGAAAGACUCGAGCGUAUCGCAAUCAAGAGGGCUUCUGCAAACUUUGACUUCAAGGAGUGGAAGCGUCGAUUUAAUAAAUGGUUGCACGAUAGCAAAUCACGUGUACAAGAUAUAUUCCGUCGUAUGGACCACGACCGCGAUGGAAAACUUACUCGAGAGCAAUUUAUAUCGGGAAUCCUCAACACCAGCUUCCCGACUGAGCGAUGGGAGAUGGAUAUMGUGGCCAGUCUCUUCCUUCGCGAUGGUCUGAUCGAUUACAAAGACUUUAUUAACGCUCUCAAAGAUAAACCCGCCACAAAGAAACCAGAAAAGCCCAAGACUGAGGGACAACAGAUCUUAUCAGAGAUCGACAAACUCGUUGACCAAUGCUGCUGUGCACAUCGUUAUGCGUACGUCAAAGUCGACGAGAAUAAAUACCGAUUUGGUGACUCACAGAAGCUUCGAUUGGUUCGUAUCUUGCGCAGUACGGUGAUGGUACGUGUCGGUGGUGGAUGGGAAACACUACAAUCAUUCCUACAAAAGAACGACCCUUGCCGAGCUGAAGGAAGAACAAAUAUUGAGCUUCGUGAACAGCUUCUUGCUUCAGGAGCCAAAGAAAGCAUGAAAGCGUUCAAAACCAAACGACCUGGUCUUUCACGAGAAGGCUCCGAUGUCUCGAAACCUUCAGUUGCUCGUGAGAACUCCGGAAGCUUACGAGCGAAGCCUCCUAGCGGAGCAAAACCAAAGAAAUCAAYAGAGCCUCAUACACAUCUAGGUCUUCCCGGGGUGAGACGCGAAAAGUCAGGCGACCUCCGUAGUCCUGGAGGAAUUACAAAAUCUCGUAGUGGCACCAGUUUGAAAUCAAGAACACCAGCCACAGGAGCKACGGACAUUAGAAAAGCUGGAAGUUCUGGGAAUUUGAAAGAGAAACCUCCAGCAUCUCCACGACGGUCUGAUAGUCAGACAUCCAUCGGCAGCACAGGAUCACAGGAUGGGUCAGAGGCAAAAUCACCGACUAGUGCUGCCACGUCGCGUAUUCCUGUUGGAAGAACAGUGAAGUCGCCUGAAUCAAAAACUGGCCUUUCAAAGACUGGUGCAAAAGGAAGUAGGGAAAACCUUGCUUCAAAGGGGGGUGCUGCAUCGUCAAAGAUCCCCUCUUCAGGUGCUAGGAAGACUACAACAACAACAACUAAGAAACCACCAGCAUCUGGUCAAACCAAAGCCAAAAAAUAAACAUCGCUACAAUAAAYGUGGGCCUUGGAAAACAAAUGAUCAAGAACUGAAAUUAACAAGAACAACAAGUGGCCCUUCGAGAACGGAUGAUCAUAAACCACAUGAACUAACCACAAGAACAAGUGAUCAUCAACUAGAACAACGCUUGAAAUACCAAUGAUAAUGACUUGUUUURUAAUUUUGUAUUGCAUGUAGUUAGUGUAUUUAAAUAUCAUACGUGUUAGUAUAAUAUAUACAGACGUCUUUAAAAAUUUACUUUAAAUAUCGAUAAAGCAACAGUAGUAAGGUUUAGGUUAGGUUACUAUAAUUUAUAGAUGUAAGAUAUAAAAAUGAAUUAACUUCCAACAAAACGACUGUCACGAACCAGACGUGGUAUUGGGGAAUCACGACUGAUUUGGAGGCACGAGUAAGAAAAGGAAUACAACGRUGAAAGUUUAAAUGAUAUCAAGCGCUGAAACUAAACAAGAAUUAUGAACAAGAAACAACCAAGAAUUAAUGGAAAAAAAAACAAGAAUAAAGGACAUUUCAAAUUACAAACAGCAUUAAAGCAAGUGCCAACUUGAGUAAUACAAUUUGGGGAACUGUCAUACUUAAGUUGAGCAAGGAUAACUACAUCAAGAAGUCAUGGACAGCCAUUYUUCUUUGGGUAAGGACUUGGGGAACUCCUCACUCAUGGAACAAGUGCGUUCAAAUACAUCAAGAAUUACAUAAGGACUCAAUCAUGGCCUGAAAUUGAGUUCAAAUACAAUGACAAUUAUGCUAAAAGAUUAAAAAAUAGCGUUUAAAAGUAAUUAAUUUUUUUGGAGCAAUUUCUCUCGCAUUUUUAGGCGUGUCUUAAUGUCACGCAAUAACGAAGUAGAGCCCUUUGUUUUGAAUGUUUUAAAAGAUGUCACGCUCUACUCCUUAAAAAGGUGAUAGUUGCGUGACUUUAGUUUUGCUAUUUAAGCCGUCCUUCCGCACAAGUUAAUUGAUAAUCUAGGUAGAAUUGAUAUUUUAUAAAAACAAACCCAAUUGGUUUUGUAAAAAGACACCUUAAAUUUGUCUGCACUAUUUAAGAUAAGUUAAUACGUAAAGUGGUUUUCAUAACCUCAUGAAACAAAUCUGUGAUAAAUUUCAAUAGUUAUAAGUAAGAAGAGGCGCUAAACUAUACUGCACAGGUUUAUGAAACUCAUGACUUGUGUAUUUAGUAUAAAUGUAUUUUGUGAUACUGUUAAAGUUUCUUUUAAUGUUUUGUUUCAAUUUUCAAAUGAACUAGUACAAACUAAAAACUUUAGGAAAAAAAUGUUUUUCAAAUGGCUUUUUUAAGGACUCGUGAUAAAUAUCUGUAACUGUAAUAAAUCUUUGGUACAAAAUAAACUAGUUUUGAUAUUCAA